GAGAACACAUCGCGUGCCUCCUUCUGAAACAACCAAUACAGUACUUGUAUUUGCUUCCAUCAACUAUGGCUUAUUCAGCUCCGAUUUCUCCAUCCCUAUCCGUAUUCAAAAACCCCCAACUCACCAAAUUCCCGUUCGCUUUCUCCCCACUUCUCUCUCGCUCUAGGAUUCAGAAUCUAAGGAUGGCCGUGAGGAACAAGACGUCGUUGUCGUCAUCUUCCUUGGUGGUGGCGACGGCGGCAGAGAAGCAGAAGAAGAGAUACCCUGGAGAAUCGAAAGGGUUUGUGGAGGAGAUGAGGUUUGUGGCUAUGAGACUUCACACGAAAGAGCAGGCCAAGGAAGGAGAGAAAGAGACAAAAUCUCCUGAGGAACGUCCCGUCGCUAAAUGGGAACCCACCGUUGAAGGUUACUUGAGGUUUUUGGUGGAUAGUAAGCUGGUUUACGACACCCUUGAAGGGAUUAUUCAUCAAUCCAUUUUCCCAACUUAUACAGAAUUCAAAAACACGGGGCUGGAAAGGGCAGAGAAAUUGGCCACUGAUUUGGAGUGGUUCAGAAAACAAGGCUACGAGAUUCCAGAACCAACUUCUCCUGGUAAAACAUAUUCUCAGUAUUUAAAGGAUUUAGCAGAGAAUGAUCCUCCAGCAUUCAUUUGUCACUUCUACAACAUCUACUUCGCCCACAGCGCUGGUGGCCGAAUGAUUGGAAGAAAGGUAGCCGAAAGGAUUCUAGACAAUAAAGAACUCGAGUUUUACAAAUGGGACGGCGACCUUUCUCAAUUGUUGCAGACCGUUAGGGAAAAACUGAACAAAGUUGCUGAGGAGUGGACGAGAGAAGAAAAGAAUCAUUGUUUGGAAGAGACCGAGAAAUCGUUCAAGUAUUCUGGUGAGAUACUUCGUCUCAUAUUGUCCUGA